GGUAAUAGAAGAAGAAGAAGACCCAGAACCACCCAUAUGCAAGAUGGCGGCCUUUAGUAGUAAUGAGUGGAGGGCUAUAUGCGAUAAGUUCACUAAUUCACAACACCUUACAGAAGUAGAAUCACGAAAUGACCCAGAAAAUGACCCGUUCCGCUCCAAAUACAAAGCCAGGGAGCUCCUCGGCGAGAUAUACUGUUCGCUGAAGGGUUUUGAAGCUGGGGAAGGUGACGAAGACAGGGGCAGAGAUAGCGGCGACCAGCGGCCAACAGAGCAGCUGGUGGACGGGCAGAGGGUUGAUGUGUUCACUCGGGGCUUCAGCGGUGACUCGCCCGCCGGGCUCCGGGCCGCUAGACUUGGGGCUGUGGAGUACUAUCUCGGAGUCAACCACGUCGACACAGAGGAGCUGUCAGCUGGGCAAGAGCAUAUGAUGAAUUGUGUGAAACUGCUGGAGAGAUGCAGGGUGUCGUCCGAGAACGUGUCGCUGUUUAUCCAUGUCAGGAACCAGCUGGGCAUCCUUUGGGCAGGCCGAGAUGAGACAGAGACAGCUCAGGGAUUUCUGGAAACAGCAGAAUCCCUCUAUCAACGCUAUAUGAAAGAGGAUGGGAGUCCUCCCACUGAUAUGACAGAGUACUUUACUACUGAGGAGAACUUGCUGACACAUCAGGAAAGGACCAAGAGGUUUGAGUUGGCCUACACCCAUACCAUGUACUACCUUGCUCAAGUCUAUAAAAACCUUGGUCAAACUGAGCAUGCUGCCACCUACUGUCACUGUACCCUGCAGAGACAGUUACAGCUAAACCAGUUCAGUCCAAUGGAGUGGGCCCUGAAUGCUGCUACACUAUCACAGUAUUACAUCACUAAGGGUCGAUACAUGGAAGGUAGACAUUGCCUUUCGGCAGCAACUGUCAUAUCUGGCUUGGCAGGAGAGGUUCCUUCUGAGGCUGCAGCACAGGAGAGUGAGACAGAGAGUGAGCGUAGGGAACAGCUUAGACAGAAGCAAGCAGAGAUUGCGAGAUGUUGGAUCAAAUACUGUCUCAACCUCCUGCAGGAUGCUAAAAAGCAGCUAGAGGACAACAUCGGGGAGCUGGAUACUGAUCGACAAGAAGAGAUGAAGAGGGCGAGAAGACGUGAUGAGGAGGAAGAAGAGAAGGGCAGGAAGAGCACUCUGCUGUUUGGCUCUGAGGACACUUUUGACUCCAUCACUAGCGUGGAAGAGAAGGUGAACUGUUUGUUCCCUCUGGACUUCACCGAAGCCAGAGCUGUAUUUCUGGUGGGGCAGAAUUAUGUCACACAGGCCAAGGAGUACUUUCAGAUGGAUGGAUAUGUGACGGACCACAUAGAGAUCUUGCAGGAUCAUAGUGCUCUGUUCAGGGCCCUGGCUUUCUUUGAAGAGGACCUUGAGCGACGCUGCAAAAUGCACAAACGAAGAGUGGACAUGCUAGAACCAAUCUGCAGUGACUUGAAUUCCCAGUAUUACCUAAUGAUCCGCAGACAGCUGAUGUUUGAGCUGGCUGAGACCUACAAUGAAAUGAUGGACCUGAAACUGACACUUGCCAACAGACAAGCAGACACACAGUCUCUAGAUAACCACACCAUUAAGAAAUUCAACCAUCUCUGCUCUGCCUCUGUCAAGUACUUCCAGAUGUUCCUAGACUCCCUGCGUUCCCCGGAGGGAAAGUUUCCAGAGCACCUGGAGGAGGAGGUGCUCAGACCAGCUCUGGUGGCCCGCUUCAGAGUGGCUCGACUGCACAGCCGACUGAUCAGCUCCUCACCUUCUGCUCAGCUGGAAAACCUCAGCAAAUCUCUGGAAGACUACAAAUACGUGGUGGAGUAUUGUGAGGCCCACCCUGAGGCAGCAGCCGCUGUGGAGACGGAGUUGGAGCUGAGUAAGGAGAUGGUCGACCUGCUCCCUCUCAAAAUCAACCGCCUCAAAGCAAGGCAGGCUGCACACAACUGAAGGAUGUAAUUGUUCACAAACUGCAAAUUUGAUUGACUAAAUCCUUCCCAGAGAAUUUGAUAACUGACUUGCUUGCUUUACUGCAUUUGUGUUGGUGACAGCUUGUUUUUUUGAUUUGUUUUGUGCAGUGGGCAUGCUGCUUUCACCUGCGCGACCUUUGAACACAUUACAUGCUGUACAUAUAUAGCUCAUAUUGCCUUCUCAGCACAGAAAAUGUACUCUGUUCAAAAUCAAAAUCAAAAUGUCAUAGUACAAAAAAAACGCUAAUGGUUGGUUACAUUAUUUAUAUACGGGUUCCACCGUGCUCAGAAAAAGCUGGUGCAUUGUCCUGAUGAUAUUAUUCAAUAAUCACAAAUUAGGAUCCCACGCAGUGACAGGAAAUCACUUUUCUUGUAAUUUCAUUAAGUUCAAUCCUAAUUUGUGAUUACUUGGUAUAUUCAAACAUUCAGCCCUUUGAGCUGAAUCUGAAUUGACCCAGUCCUGUUUGCCUCUUUAGAUCAGUACUUUCUUCCCAGCCAGAGCGGUGUAAAACACAAUGGGCAUCGUGACUGUAUAACCAGUCUUGGUAGGUUUAUUGUGAAAUUGUUUUAUUUUUUUUUUUUUUUCUAGCUAUGCAGAAAAAAAUCAAAAGAUAAAAAAGUCAUGCCUGGACUGAGCAGGUUCCCUUUGCAUGUUUGAGGUGGACAUGUACAUAAGAUUUUUUUUUUUUCUUUUCAUGUCUCAGGUGUUCUCUGUGACCCUAGUCUGAUGAUUUUAUUAAUCAUAUUGGUUUUAUUUUAUUUGGUGUGGCUUUAUUUUCUGUAAAGCACUCUAGCACACUAAGACUGUUUCCUCAGCUACUUUGUAAAACAAAUGUUAAGGCCUACCGUAACCAUGCAGUAAACAGAGGUACAGUUGGCUCCUUAGAAUUGAGAUGCCUGUUUUUCAAAAUGUCAGAAACAACAUCCCAGUAACAUGAAGUCAUAAAGUGGACUUGACCACACUGUUGUUGGUUUGUUAGACAUCAUAGCUGCAUAAUGCCGUGGUCGAGUUGAACUGUGUCUGUUGUUCCUGUCUCUGAGGAGUCGCAUGCCAUCCUGUUUUUGUAUAACAGAUAACUUCAUGCAAAUAUAAUCAACCAAUAAAUUUAAUGCACAGUUAUUCCAUGUGACAAUCUUGUGUUUUUCCCCUUGUAAUCAGAAGUUGGGUGUAAAAUAGCAUUUCUCUGGUACAGCCCCACAUAACAGAACAGGUAUGUGAGGGCUAAAAUGAUCUCAGGUUUUCCAGACUAUUAAAUUAAUGCUGAAAAAUGACAGUCUAUGAAAACUGAAUUAUGCCUUAAACUGACAAUUUG